UGCGCUGAGAAGUCCUCCAACACCACCGAAGAAGAGCCGUGUCCUUCACAACAGCUAGCAUGGCUACUGCUACUAAACUCAUCCAGAGGCUGCGGAAUUUUCUAUCAGGGCAUGACCUGCAAUCCAAACUGCAGCUGCGUUAUGAGGAGAUUGCUAAGAGGACGCAGGACCCACCAAAGCUGCCAGUAGGCCCGAGCCACAAGUAUGCCGACAACUACUAUUUUACCAGAGACGGACGCAGAGAGUCGGUACCCUCCACAAUCGUGAUGUCUAAGCAGAAGGCCCUGACUGCUGGCGGUCAAAUUGCUGAAGCACCAAAGGCUCCAGUGACGCCGGGUGGUGUGUAUAAAGAGCCUCCGCUGUCCACAGAUCAGCCAUACCUCUGAGUAGCAGGACGAACCUCUUCACAUCUCCAUCCGGAGCUGCUGCAGAGCCCUGCCUACAGCAAGCGUUGGUUGUAUCUUGUACAAUAGAAAGUGUGAAUAAAAUAUGUUAUAUGUUU